AUGUAUAGUAGGUUCAUGAAGGCUGUGCCCGGCAGGGAGCCGCUUGUACCUGGACCGCGGGCGUUCUCGGCUCCAGCCAACGGUGGAUCGCAAGGCGGCUCUGGUUGCGUUCUCAUGGCCUACGGACUCGACCCCCAGCAGGCUAAUCCCGAGCAACGAAGUUCGUCAGGCCUGCUAGAAUUUGAGGACCUGGCCGAUGCUGUAAAUGCUCUCAUCUAUUGUAAUCAUGCACCAAUUAAAAAUCCAGAUAGCAAAUUUCCAUAUAUGAUGAAGCUGUGCUUUUCAUCAUCACGUUCCAUCACAGCCAAUGGAGGGUCCGGAUUCAAAGAGGAAACUCAGUAGAGAUUCUAUGCCUCUCAGUUUCUCUGUUUAUGUCAAUUACUAUUCGUAUAAGAAAAAUAAAAAAGUACCAAAAAACAUUUUAAAGUAACAUAAUUUGUUGUCGGUAAAAAAAAAUAAGAAAAAAAAUGAAAAAAAAGUAUAAGAAAAUAAUAAAUAAAGUAUACAAAAUUAUAGAGAAACUGUUUACAUUCGAAAUAUGAUGAAUGAGUAUAAUUUGUUAAGAUAAGGAUGUUAAUAUGGAAAGAAGAUUUAAAUAUUAGAUUUCUACGAUGACACGAUACACCAAUUAUUAAAGGAUAUUGUAACUAAUUAGGAGUUUUUAAAUUUAUUUUUGUCAUUAUGUUAUUUCUUUUUGUUAAUGCUCAGCUUGUAUGCAAGCUAUAUUAUAUUAAAUUUUUCUUCUCUCAUUUUAUUUUAAUUUUAUUUAAGAAAUAUGGUUGAACAAGACAGGGCAUUUUAGCAUUGACUUUCUUUCUUUUCUUUUUUUUUUUAACUUUAAGUUGAAAAUAAAAACCAGCAUGAUUUAUAUAUAUUGAGGCAGAAGUGACUGUGUGAUCGAUAUGUAAAAGACAGUACACGUAGGUUUUAAAUUUUAGUGCGUGCAAAGUCCAAGUGUAGAAAUAUUGUGAAAAUAGACUUUAGUGUAGAAGUUUUGUUUUUUUCAUUUUGUUUUUCUUUGUGGACUAAGUUUUAUUAUAAUUUACAAAAUACAAAAGUGUAUUUAUGAUUAAUUUAGAUUUACUUUCAGGAUGCAAUCCUCUAUUAUAGUUAGUGGUAAUUAUUUAUAUCAAUAUUAGUUGUAUUGAGCCUAUAUUUUAUAUUUGUAUUGAAGAUAUAAUAUUAAUUUCUUAUAAUGUUUGAGUUUAUUAUAUUUUAGUUGUUUUUUUUUCUUUUCUUUUCUCAGUUAUUGACCUUAAUUUCUUCGACUUUAUAAAUCAGAAAGUUUGCUUUGUUAGCUUUUAGAUGAUUAGUCGUGAAAAUCGAUGUUUAUAUAAUAAUAAAAUUGUGGAUUAUAAAGAGAAUUGUGAACACCAUUUUAGGCUAUUAUAUUUACAGACAUCAAGAAAAAAAAAACGGCAGUAACAGAGCGCACAUGUUCAACUUUGAUCUGCUUCAUUAACUUAUGUCUCUAGUGCUUAGCUUGCUUUCAUGGCAUUUAAAGCCUAACAAGAAAAAUGUCAACGUGCACGUUUUUAUUUACUGUAAAGCAUUCAUGCAUUAUCAGAGUAUUCUAUUUUUAAAAUAUCAUUUCCAAAAAUUUUGUUCAUUUCCAUCACAUUUUUAAAAUUUUCUUUUUUCAUUUAAAAUUAUUGAUGAAUAAACUUUUAUUUCGCAUUCGCUAAGCAUGUCAAAUGUCGUUCAUUGCAUAAUUUAACGAAAUGCUUUAGAUGCCUGGAUACAACCAUAUUAUGACAGUCAUUUUGUAUAAGAUUGUAGUGUAUUUUUAUUUUAUAUAUACAUAUAAUUUUUUUGUUUAAUUUGAGUUUCUUAUGGGGUGUUUUAUAAACAUUUAGUAUUAGUAGAUUUGGGGUUUAAGUUAAACCGAGAUUUGUAGUUGAUUGAUGUCUUCUUACUUGUAUGUUUAUAGGUAUAAUGCUCUACUUGUUAUGUCUUAAAACUCUAGAGAUUAGCAAAUUACAUUUUAAGAAUAGAUAUAUAUAUAUAUACACAUUGUCACACUAUAAAUCUGUGAAAACACAAAAUAAAUAACUUCAUAAAACAGUUUAAGAGCUCGACACCUCAUUUACCACUUAUCCACCAAUAAUACACCACCAGUGUAAGCUAAGAUUUGAAAACAACAUAACAAUACAUACAGGUACGUUGUAAGAUAUUUUUUUCUAUAACACUGUUGCCAUAUGAUUACAUUUUUUUUUUUUUGUUUUAUUAAUUCGAUUUACAUUUUUGUUUUAAAAAUGUGCUGUACACAGUGCCAGAAAGUUGGGACCAAAAACAAAUAUAUCCCAAGAUACAGAUUUGUUAUAUAAAUAUUUUAACAUCCAACAAAAAAAAGUAUUUAUUUUAUUUUUUCAUGGGGUAUUUUAUAUCAGAGAUUGAUUGAUUAAUGAUUUUUCUUAUCACCUUCUUAAAAAAAAUAAUUAUAUAUUUAUCUAUACAUUAUUACAAAAAAUAAAAAAAUAAAAGUUUAAAAACAAUAAAAACAUAACGAUUGAUGCAUUUUUGGUUGUUUAACAUUUUUAAUGUGCGGUAGAUUCUUGAUAAUUUUUGCAUGUCAGAGCUUGAAUGAAACUUUUCCUAACAAAACAAAUCUGGUGCAGUGCGCGCAUCACACAACUUUUUAGCAGAGAUAGAUAUUUUUUUAAACUAUCAAUAACCAUAUGUUUUUCAAAGACGUCUAAUGUAUUAUAAUUAUGAUAUUUUUUUUGUUAAUCAUUGCCUUUAACGAUUACAUAUUUUAAUUAUUUAUUAGAUUAUAAUAAAUAAUUAAACGAUACAAAAUAUUUUAAGUCUGACAUGAAUGCCACUGAUAAUGCAGACCACUAAAUUUAUAUAUAUUUCGUGUUAGGUAUUUUUUUUACUUUCACUUUUCAAAUAUAUCACAAUAAAAAGUAUUGUGAUCAUGAAAAUUUUCGAAUCUGAGUUUUCAACGGAAAUACAUGUUUUGAGUUCUCCUGAGUCCAAGUAACCAAGUCCCGCAAAAUGGUUUGUGUGUGUCUAUGUGACUAGUCUAGUUCAAUAACAAAAAAUCGUAUGAAAGUGAAAUUGCAUAUUUAAGGUUUGUAUAUACCUGAGAUGUCACACCAACUUUUUCGUCAAAAUCGGCUAAGAGGCACUUUAUAUAAUCGAUGUUACACAUUUUUACGAUUUUCUUGAAAACAGCUUUAACAAUUUUGAUCAAACUCGGUAUAUUAGUGUAUUAAUAAGCAGUUUUUAAUGUAAUGUAGGUUUUAUUCUCAUUGGUGUUCUUUAACAGGACUUAAAUGGCUGGUUUUCAAUAUUAGCUUCAUCUAAAGUACCUUUAAUUUUUUUUAUUUGAAACAAUUAACCACUUCACAUUGAUCUCUAAUAUAAAAAAAAAUUGUUAAAUAUAAAAUAUGAAAGAAUUCAAUAAUUAACUAUAGGAGAAAUAAGAGAUCAUAACAGAGAAUAGUUGUAAUGAAGGAACCAAAGGGAUAUGAGAGCUCGCCCGAAAAUUAGAACAGGCUUCCAUACGUAACAUGAGCUUAAUAUAAUACAGACUCCGACAAUAUUAUGUACCUAACAUAUGCGGUUUUCCUAAAUGUUUUCGUUGGUAUUAUAUAAUAUUUAAUUGUAUAGAUUACAGCGAUAUCUAUAAUAAAAUUUUUAAAUAUAAGGGUAUUUAAACAAAUAAAAAUAUCCACAAUGAAAUAUAAAUCAAUAUAGUGUUUAUAAUUUUGACUUUUGCUUCCCCUUUGAAAAUAUUUAUUUCUGCUAAGAAGAGGGUGGUUAGAGAAAGUUGUGUGAUGCGUGAACCAAAUGUUUUGUUUAAAUAUUGGUAUAUAUAAAUUUUAAUUUUUAUAUGUGUUAUCUAUACAAUUGAAUAUUAAAUAACAUCAACACUAUCAUUUAUGAAAACCGCACAUACUUAUGCAUAUAAGUCUGUUCUAACUUUUCUAAGUCUAUUUUUACAUCAGAUUACUUCUUCUUUAGAUAAUUAUUGAACUCUUUCAUAUUUACUCAUUUUUUAUGUCAGGUUACAAUGUAGAAUGAUUAAUUAUUUCAAAUAAAAAGAUAAUUAAAGGUACGUUAUAUUAAAAAACAUUUAAUUUUACACUGACAUAGUGAAGCUGUUUUUGAGAAAAAUGUCUAAAAUCAGUGAUACAAAGUGGCACUUCCGGUUAGCCGAUUUUAAUGAAAAAUUUGCUGUAACACCCCAGCUAUAUAAACACCUUAAAUAUGCAAUUUUAGUUUCGUACAACUUUUUGACCUAGGCUGUCCUCAUACACACAGACCAUUUUAAUUAAUAACAAGCAGAACUUGGUUAUUCGGACUCAGGAGACCUCAAAACAUGUAUUUCUGUUGAAAACUCAGAUUAAAAAAUUUUCACAAUCUUAAUACUUUUCCUUACAGUGAAAGUAAAAAUGCAUGAAGUUCUUUUUCAUUGUUUUACCGAAAUGCCUAAGUUUAUUAUAUUUUUUAAUAUUUUGUAAUGUACAAGCUGUACCUAUUUUACAUCAAGAUUCAGUCUCAUACAACACUUGAAAAAUUGGGAUGUUUUAUAUAUCUUAGCCUUUAAAAAAUCAAUUUAAAUUGUAAUAAACUUUAUAAAAAAGAGAAAAAUGAAAAAAAUAAAUGAUCAUGUACAUUUCAGACCAAAAAGUUUUAACUUAAAUUCCAGGAGACAUAAUAAUUUUUUUAUCAAGCACUUGUUGACAACCUCUUUGAUAGAUGUCUAAGCGUUUCUGGAAGUUGUUUCUAUCAAAUUAACAAUCAUCGAAGCAAAGAAAAAUUAUCAGAAGUCUACCGUACAAUUUGUUCAUAGAUGAUUGGAAUGCGGCUAGCUGGCUUGUAGGGUUUAUUUUUAAUACAACGCUAGUUCUUGCAUUGUUCGCAAACAUUUGGCUUGCAUUUAUUUAUCAUAGCUAUCUCAUUUCUUAUCAUUUUUAUUUAUUUCCUAUUAUUUAUAAGAAUACAAAAGCUUGCAUGGAUUUUUUUGUUAUAUUCUGCCGUCCAGUUUUUAUUUAUUAUUAUUUUUUAUGUAAUACUGACAAUUAUUUGAAUAUGGUUUAUACUACUAAUUAAUGUAAUAUAACCUGGCAACAAUCUAGAAUUUUCGAAGCGGAUCCACUUCGUUCAUAUUGUUCUAGUAAUAUGUGUGUAUUUUCAUUAUGUAGAAAAGUGUACAUAUAUAGAGAUGUACAUAUAUAAAUGUUAGAUAUAUAGAACUAAAGGUUCUUGUUUCGCUUUUGUAGAUAGUAAGUGUUUAUAUCAGGCGUUGUGAUUGAAAUUUUAAAUGUAUAUUUAGUAUAUAUAUAUAUAUAUAAUAUAUGAAAGAUAUUUAUUGGUUACUGAAAUAAUUAAACUUUUUUGAAUAUUCCAGUGGAAAGUCAAUUAAAUAGAAAUGAUAAUUAACGAAAUAAAUUUAACUCUUAAGUAAAAGUUUGUGUUUGUAUGUGUGUAUAUACGUGUGUGCGUGAGUUUGUCUAUGUGUGUGUGUUUAUGUGUAUAUAUACACAUGCCUAAAUUAAAUACAUUGUUGAUCAUUCCAUUAGUAGUUAUAAGUAUAAAUAUUUUCCCUUGUGAAGGCUUCGCAAUUAGUAAAUUGAUUUUUACUUCCAUUUAUUAUUUAUACCUCAUCUUAUGUAAUUCUUAAGUUAUUUAGUACAAUUGCAAUAAAACCUCUCUGCAAUGGACAAUCCUUCCUAUCUAUAAUUUUUAAAUACCCCAACUUGAAGUUUAAUAAUUAAGAACCGUUUGCAACGGAUUCUGACAACCAGAUUUUCAUCAUAUAGAUAUAAAUUUAUCCCUCAAUAUGAUGGCAUAUGUAAACUAUUUAAUAUAAAUAAAUAUGUGGGCAUAUACAUUUAAAAAUGUACAUAUCUUGAAGUUAUUUUUUUUUUUUUUUUUUUUUUUUUUUUUUUUUUUUUUUUUUUUUUUUUUUUUUUUAUAAAUAAAUAAAACAAGGUAAAGAAAUU